CUUUAGUGCCGCACCGGGAAGACAAUUGUUUACAUACAACUUGCUGAUUUGGGGCGAAAUAGUUUUUUGAUCAAUCCAAUUGUAUAUGAAAGUUAAUUUUCUGGUCAGUAUGAAGGCUCACAUCGAGCUUCGGUUGUAUAAGUCACAUUAAUGAUCUUUAUUCCCACAGUGUGUGGGCACAGUGAGAUUCGGCCGAGCAGGUGAGGCGUGGAAGUUGCACAGAGGUGUCGGCUGUGGACAGUCAGCGGGACACAUGGCAGAGGAAGGCAACAAGCUGACCCUGAGGCGCCUGGAGGGGACCAUCAACAAGUUCAUUAAAGUAGCUCUGCCCACGGACCUGGAGAGGCUGCAGAAACACCACAGUAACAUACUGAAGUAUCAACGGAACCAGCAGUGGGAGCGCCUCCAUCAGGAGCAAAUAAAUGCCAGCAGAACUGUUCAGCAACUGAGAGCCAACAUGAGAGAGAUGGAGCAGCUGUGCGGCCGGGUCCGAUCUGAAGACGCCGAAGCUCUGGAGGAGCUCGUAAAGCCGGUCAGGGAGAGAGCGUCAGCCGCAGCACAGGACUUCCUGCUUCUGCACUCCAACCCGCCCCCGCCGGUCCCCGCGGCGCCGCCGGUCCCCGCGGCGCCACCGGACGCUCGGCCCUCCGUCAGUCGGUCCAGCAGCUGCCACGAUCUGGAGGAGGAGGAUGAGGAGCCGCUGUCGGAUCUGCAGAUUCAGCUUCGGCUUCCAGAAAUCCCGGCCGAUCAGAACGCAUCCGAGUCCUGGGAUAAUCUGGAAGAGGACCUAAAGGAGCUGAGCGGCUUGGUGACGGAGUUCUCCCUGCUUGUCCAUACCCAGCAGGAGAAGAUUGACAGCAUAGAGGACAACGUCAACACAGCCGCGGUCAACGUGGAGGAGGGGACCAGGAGCCUGGGGAAGGUGGCGGGCUACAAGCUGGCGGUGCUGCCUGUCGCCGGGGCGCUGCUGGGCGGCGUGUUGGGAGGCCCUCUCGGCCUGCUGGCCGGGUUCAAAGCUGCCGGGGUGGCUGCUGCCGUGGGAGGGGGCGCCCUGGGCUUCGCGGGCGGCAGCCUGGUCCGAAAACACCGCCGAGCUCAAGUGGACCAGCAGAUGAGUCGACUGACGGCGCCGGCGGCAGAAGAACCGGAGAAAAAUAAGGACAAGUGAAGCUCUUCUGUGUGGACUGACUGACCUGGACCUGUGGGUUCUGAGGAGACUGAGCGCUAGACAAUGUGUGCACUUUGUUGAACGGGUGUUUAAAAACUGCCUUAAUUACGACCUGCAGACCUGCUCAGGAGGUUCUGCAUCAGGACGACUCCGACACUUUAAUCGUCUUAAUGGUUCACGUUUCUCCAGGUUGGGUUGAAGUACAAAAGAAAUCAAAUGCGAUGACUUCCUGAAAGCAUGAAAAGGAGCACAAAUUCAAACUUUUCCCCAUACAUGCACACAUACAGGCUCAAAUAUAUGCUUACACCUCCACUAAAAUUUUAAAGUCUUUUCUCAACCACAGCAGGAGUGUCCAAGAUGACCCCAUUUAGACGACAUCAUUUUCUUACAAUGGGAGAUGUUACGUACAACACAAAGUAUUAAAGUGUGGUAGUAGUAGACGACCUUUUACAGAAAGGUCGACUUCGCUGCAGCCAAAUCAGCUGCUUUUAUCUAAUUUAUUAAACUUGGCUAAGUAUAGCGUGCGUUUUGACAGAAAGAGAUCCAAAUCCUUUUCUUAUAAUCGAGAAUAAAUUUGUUUAUUCGAGCCAAAAGUAUCUAAAAACUAGAUGCCUUUCUUUUAAGACAGCAAAGGCACAAAAUCCUUUCUGUUUUUGAUCUAUGAUAAAUUUUCUACCAAACAAAACAAAACAAACAAGAAAUGAACGACUUUAUUUGCUUGAUUUUAGUAAGUUUGGACACCCCUGAACUGCAAGGAUACGUCAUCCUCGAGGUUUUUGUCACAUCUUCAAGCUUCUUGUUUGCUUGGAAAUUAUACCAAACCCUGAUGUUGGAAUGGAUAAAACUUUAACCCACUAGGACACUCUUCCCCAAAGCUGACCUUAAUAUUGUUUGUAAUAUCUGAACUACGCUUUAAAAUCACAUCACUGACAAGAAACUAAAUUAUUUGAGCGACCUCUACAGGUUCAGCCAAGAAGAAUUAUCCAAUUUUCUGCUCAAAUUACCUCAAAACCUUGUUCAUAGUUCUCUGUGGUCAAAGUGCAUUUGACAAAAUGUUGGUGGAGGUAUGUAUAAUUUUGACCCUUUAUGAAUUAGGGGGAAAUUAACAAUAAAAUUAAAACGUUUCUAAUCUUUCCAAGAGCAGCUCAGAUGGUGAGACUGUAAAAAUCUUCAGGUGUGAAUGGUUUCUUUGGCAAUAUUUACUGCAAGCACUACAGCUUAUACUUGUUCCAGUUCGUUUUUCUUAUUCAAAAUGUGAAAAUGUGGCCUUUUGUGAGAGAAUCAUCUGAGGUCGAAACAUUUUGUGCCAAUGCAUCACUGUUGAAGGCAAAUGAAAGCCUCGUCUCUUCCUUUUUUUCAUCUGCAGGGUUUCUACGUCGUCUAUUCUUCUGUGUUUUCGUGAACAGCUAAUGAUAAAUUUAAGUAAUAAUUCUCAUAUUUAUGCAGCAACGUAUCACUAACGGUGCCAAAGUCCAGACCACUUCAGACCGGAGUGUGUGAAGUUGUUGUAUAGAGAUACUACUGUUGCCAAAUAAAAUAUUUCUUUUUAGCAAAGAUGUUGUUCAUUGACAGAAAUAACGGAUGAAGUUGCCAUUAUUUUUGUUGGAUGUAUUUUAGCUGAUCUAGCAAAAUAUAUUGAGUGACCGCCCAGCAUGAUGCUGCCACUACUGGGUAUUUAGUUGGGCUUUAUGUGUUUUAGGUUUAACAUAUUUUAGAAUAUUUUUUAAAUUGUGUUGUAAGGAAAACAAAAUAUAAAUAUCCAAGGAUAAUUCUCAUAAUUUCAUGAUCAAUAUCAGGUAAGUUUGUACCUCCUGCUGCAAUACGGUCAUUAAUUUAAAAACAUUUUUAAAUCAACUUUGAUUUAAAUUUUUGUUUUCAAUGUAUGCAUUUUGUUUGUUGAAGCACUUUAUGAUUUUUAUCUUGACAGCUGCUACAUAGUUUCACUAACUAGCAGGAAUAAUGGAGUUCAGACAAACACAAAUCUGUAAAAUGUUUUUUAUUCUUUUUUUUUGUUCUCCUUCACCUCUGAGAUGAGCAAUUAAAAAAUGGCAUCAGA